AUGCCUUCAACAAAGCCCCGAUCAGCGCUCUCAUUAACCGAGCAGCUUGCGUUACUAGAAAAUCCUGCUCCGACUGACUUCGAUCCUGAGGCUCUGGAGGAAGAGCAAUGGGAUGGUGAAGGUAGCGAUGGUUCCGAAGUGGGUGAAAACGAGGGAGAACAUACUGGAAGGGAGCAUUAUGUUGCCGUAGGAAAGAGCAAAUUGCGAAAGGGGCAUCCUGUAUUACUGGACCCAAAAUACAACGGGGCCAAAGUGAGUCGCGAUAAGCUAUACGACAGUAAUGAGGACGAAGAAUCGCGAGAUUCCGCGGAUUCCGAAGACGAAGAAGACGAAAAAUCAGACAUCGAAUCAACCGGGGGUGUCGAACUAAAUAGCGAGGACUAUAUCCGGGACGGUACACUACUCAGCGGCGAAGAUGAUGAAAUUGAUAGCGAUGACGCAUUAGGGAGUGAGGAAGAGAGGUUCGCUAGCUUCAAAUUCAGGGGAAGUACUACAACACAAAAAAUGAACGGUGUGGCAGGUUCCAGCGGGGAGAGUUCUGGAGACGAGGGAAACGAUGAAGUUGAUGGAGACCUUGAAGAUGAAGAGGAAGAUGGUGAAGAGGAAAGUGAGGAUGAGGAUAAUCAAGGGGAAGAGAUCGCCCGGAGAGCGCAACUGCGAAAAAUGAUGGUCGAAGAGCAAAAGAAUGUGGUUAAAAGUAUCUCUAAAGCAGCAAAAGCAGACGCAGACAAAGGCUCUGCCGUUCGGCAACAACAAAAAACUUUCGACUCAUUCCUCAGUAUUCGUAUCAAGCUUCAAAAGGCCUUAAUAUCUACAAAUUCCCUAUCAGAGACUCCGGUCAAGCCCGAAUCAUGGAAGGCUACAGAAGGUGCCGCAUUAAAGUUAUGGAACAUACUUCAUGAUCUCCGUUGUGACCUCUCGGAUUCUCGAACUGGCAACAAACGAAAACGUGAUGAUUACGAGGGUGCCGUCGACACCGCUACUGAAGCUCUUGCGACCAAAAUGCAUCAACUCGAUCGCGAUGCUGCGUCGUGGCGGGAAACGACACUUGAUAAAUGGUCUGGAAAAACUCAAGGCGUUUCCACAGCUAACCUUGGAAAGAAAUUAAAUAACGCUGCUUCCACCCAUCGUCCCCUUGUUGCCUCAAUCAAUGAGACACUUAGCUAUGAUCAGGACCGGUUGAUUAUCCGCACUCGUACCCCACGAUCGAUGGCGCCUGGAUGUACUGAAGCCGAGCAUCCAGAAAUUUUUGACGAUGCGGAUUUCUAUCAACUUCUCCUUAAGACCUUGGUAGAUCGAAGAAUGGUAGAUGGCGGGGUAGGGGCAGGAGCAGGCGCGAUAACAUGGACAACCGCAAUGCGUGAUUCUAAGAAGAAAAAGGUUGUGGAUACAAAAGCAAGUAAAGGAAGAAAAUUGCGAUAUCAAGUGCAAGAGAAAAUUCAAAACUUCAUGGCUCCGUUGGAAAACAACACCUGGCAUGAACAACAGAUUGAUGAGCUGUUUUCUAGCUUGUUGGGCCAAAAGGUUAAGGUCGAUGAAGAUGAGGAAGACGCGGAAGAAGAACAUAUGGAGAUGGAUGGUUUGCGGCUAUUUAGGAGUUGA